CACACCACGCGCUUGGCAAAACAUGGCGAGAGGCGUGCCGAAGUUUGUUUAUGAAUUUGCGGAAGUGAUUGUGUGUUAAAUUUGGGAGGAUUUGAAAAUAUAAGGAACUUGCCCAGCCUACUUUCUCAGCAUGGAAGAUGGAGGAAAUGAGAUUGAGGUGGUGGUCCAGAGCGUCCUCGCGCCGGGGUGUCCCCAGGGGCGGUUCCCACUGCAGGUCCCCAGCAACAUCUCCGUGGAGGGGCUGAUGCGACGGGUGUGCAAGGACGCCAAUGUGCCGCUGUUGCCACACUACGUGUUGAAGAACGCCAGGAAUGAGGUGCUCCCCUCCCUGGAGACGUUGAACAACUUGGAUGUGAUCAACGGCAGUGUGUUACACUGGGACGAUGACGAUUUGUCUACAAAGACCAGCGUGAAAGGCUGGUGCAACACCUGGUGGUUCAUGUGUCUGAUCGCCUUCUUCAUUGGCGCCAUCGGUCUUGUCGCUAUCAGUAUCAUCAAGUCCAAGGAGUCUGCGGUAGCCUACAGUUAUGGUAUUGUGUUCGAUGCUGGCUCGUCACAUACGUCCAUGUACAUUUACCAGUGGAAUGGCGCCAAGUUGAAUGAGACAGCAGUAGCCUCUCAGUUCGGGGAACCAGUCACUCCUCCAGUUGCAGGCAUCUCACACUUCACGACUGACACUACUGAAGGUCGACAUGUGGUCAAGAUCUGUUUGGACGCAGCGCAGGAUAGGAUACCACGCAAGAACUGGAAGAAGACCCCGGUGUACCUGGGCGCCACAGCUGGGAUGAGGAUGCUCAAUGAAGUGAACAAGACCAUCAGUAAUGAAAUCCUGGCUGUUAUCAGAAAGGCCAUCUCUGAGUAUUCCUUCAUCACCAGUGACGACGAUGCCCUUAUCAUCACCGGGGAGGAAGAGGGGGCCUUCUCUUGGAUCACCAGCAACUACGUCGAGGGCACCUUCCACGUGACCCCUCCCACAUCCAACAUGUUAUCAGAGAAUAUGAAGCCUAAGACAACUGGAGCUCUAGACAUGGGCGGGGCGUCGGCACAGAUCUCAUUCAUCCCCAACAUGACGGUCCCCCAGGGGUACAGUCGGCCUGUAGAGCUCUACGGACACAACUACACCCUCUACACUCACAGCUUCCUCUGCUAUGGCAUCAACGAGGCACUGCGGCGCUACAGAGCAGCCCUUGUACAGUCCCAGAACUUCUCAGUGGAAAUCAAUGACCCAUGUGCUCCCGCUGGCUGGAAGAGCAACUUCACCCACGAUGCACUGUUCCAGGCCCCGUGUGUCGGGGGGCAACAUGCUGUCGAUACCUUCGGCUCUCGCAUUAUCCCAGACGUGUACCUGGAUGAUGACACAGUGUUCUUGUUCAGUGGCGCCAGUGAUGUGGAGAAGUGCCAGAGUUUUGUGGCAGACAGUCUCUUCAACUUCUCCGCCCAGUGUGACGACAGCCCGUGUUCCUUCAAUGGCGUCUUCCAGCCUCCUGUCGUUGGCGAUUUUUAUGCGUUUUCUACAUUCUACUAUGUGACAAACUUCCUGAACCUGACUGAUGGGACGAAGGCCUUCACCUUGCCAGACUUCCAUGCUGCAAUCGAUGGCUUCUGUAACAAGACAUGGCAAGAGGUGGAGGUGAUGCCAGCUGCCAAGAAGUCCGCCCUCCCGUCCUACUGCUUCCAGAGUAACUUCAUUGACAUCAUUCUGACAAGGGGAUACGGCUUUGAUACAAGUAACUGGAACAACCUACAUUUUGUUGAAAAGGUUGCCAAUACGAAGAUUGGUUGGUCGCUAGGGUUUAUGUUGAACAAGAGUAAUGGGAUACCAGUGAAUGAGCCGCAGAACUCUAUAAGCACAGUGACCUUUGUUCUGUUAACGGUGUUGUUCGCACUGUUCAUCCUGGCCGCUGUUGGGUUCGCCUGCCAUGCCAGGCUGUACAGGGCAGCUAAAGCCAAGAGGAAAUACACAAGACUUGCUGAAUAUGGAAGCAUUUGAAGACACCGGGAUUAAGUCUUGAUGAUUAUUACGAGUGUCUGUUAGUGAUGUAAUUGGUCAGGAAUUUACUUACACGGAUCAGUAUUGGAAAGGAUAUUGUUGUAUGAAGGCAAUAGGUGUCUAAAUUUGUGGUAGGUUGUGUAAUUCCGUUGAAACUUAAACAUGGUGUUUGAUUGUGUUUUUGGAUUUGUAUUUGGAAAACAUUUAAGGUAAUUUUGGUUAGGAGUUUUAAGAAUUGAACAUUGAAUGGUUGGGUGUAUUGGGAAAUCAGGUGCAUCCGUUUUAUUUGCAGUUCUACAGAUGAAAUGUAUGUUCACAGAGAUAAAUUAUUUUUGUAUGAUGUAAAUUUACUUAUAUAGUAGUAUUUACAUGUGUUCUUUACAAAGUAGUUUUGUAAUCUGAAUAUUUUAUCACAUGCGUUAUUAUUUUAGUCUUGUUAAAAAGUGUGUUUACUGUAAAGGAAUGACCCCUGAACUGUGACCUUGACCUUAUGUUAUGGUGAGUCAUGAGGUAGGAUGGCCAUUGAGGUCAUUUAUGUAGAACAGCACAACUAGUGACCAUCAACUUGAGAUUGAAAUCCUUAUAUCUUCAAUUAACUUUUUUUAUCUUAAGUUUUGUCUUAUUAUGAAACCAAUGUACAUUUUAUAUGUAUUUUUAAUUGUUGUUUUAAGAAGGGACUGCAGAAAAGUGGACAGACAGUUU